UCUGCCUUCUCUGCCUUCUCCUCCAGGGCCAUCUCCUCAGCUCCACAGCACAUCCCGCCCGGAGCAGUUCUGGGGGCCAGGAGGCCAUGGGGGGGCCACCCCCGGGCUUCCGGCCCUCAGGCUGGGUCCACCUGCUCCACCAGGUACCCCACACCAACUUUCAGCUCCGACCUGUGGCCAGCACCUUUGCCCCCCAGGAACAGGACUACCAGCAGGCCUUGCUGCUGGUGGCGGCUUUGGCUGGGCUGGGCCUGGCUGUGAACCUGCUUGUUCUGGGACUCUACCUACUCCGAUCCUGCUGUCGUUGCCGCAGGCCCAAGGCUGGUCCCCCGGAAGCCUCAGGCUCUCCAGAUGGAGGAGGCUGUGUCACCUGGAGCUGUGUGGCUGCCCUUCUCCUUGGCUGCGCUGGUAUCGGGCUCGGUUUCUAUGGCAACAGUGAGACCAGCGAUGGGGUGUCCCAGCUCAGCUUCUCCCUCCUGCAUGCCAACCAUACGCUCAGCUCUAUCGACCGGCUGGUUUCAGAAACAGUGGAACGCCUGGGCUCCGCAGUUAGGUCUGAGCUGACCACUCUGGAGGAGGUGAUGGCCUCGAGGACAGAACUGGUGGCAGCUGCCCGGGGUGCCCGGAGGCAGGCUGAGGCUGUGGCCCAGCAGCUGGGAGAACUGGCUUUCUGGAGGGGUGUGCCCUUGAGCCCAAUUCGGGUGGCUGAAAGUGUCUCCUUUGUGGAGGAGUACAGGUGGCUGGCCUACAUUCUCCUCCUGCUCCUUGAUCUCCUUGUCUGCCUCUUUACUCUCCUUGGGCUGGCUAAGCAAAGCAAAUGGCUUGUGAUUGUCAUGACAGUCAUGAGCUUGCUGGUUCUCGUGCUGAGUUGGGGAUCCAUGGGGCUAGAGGCUGCUGCUGCUGUGGGUCUCAGUGAUUUUUGCUCUAGUCCUGACCCCUAUGUCCUGAACCUAACUAGGGAAGAAACUGGCCUAAAUCCAGAAAUCCUCCACUAUUACUUCCUCUGCAACCAGGUGGUUUCCAAUCCCUUCCAAGAGAGGCUGACCUUGUCCCAGCGGUCUCUGGCCAGCAUCUACUCCCAGCUCCAGGGGCUGGAACGUGAGGCAGUUCCCCAAUUCCCAGCGGCCCAGAAGCCGCUGUUGGCCCUGGAAGAGAUGCUGAACGUGACGGAGGGGAACUUCCACCAGCUGGUGGCGCUGCUGCACUGCCGAGGGCUGCACAAGGACUAUGGGGCAGCAUUGCGGGGCUUGUGUGAGGACUCCAUGGAGGGCCUCCUCUUCCUGCUCCUCUUCUCCCUGCUGUCUGCCCUGGCUCUGGCCACGGCUUUGUGCAGCCUGCCUGGUGCCUGGGCCCACUUCCCACCCAGUGACGACUAUGACGAUCCAGAAGAUGACGAUCCCUUCAACCCUCAGGAAUCAAAACGCUUUGUCCAGUGGCAGUCGUCCAUCUGAGACUCCCUCCUUGGGCUGGGUCUGCUACCCCCACCUCUGGAACCGUCCACCCACCAGAGAAGUUUCCCCUUCCCUGCCAGGAUUCUUCUAGCUAUGAUGACUAACACUGCCACACUCUGCCUGGCUCAGGAGUCUGAGUCCUUUCUGCCCUGAGGAAGUGACCAGAAGAUAAUUCCCUGUCCUUCCCUAACCAACAUUCAAGGCUUGGGCCCAGAGAUCCCAGCCAGGAUGAGAGCCAGGAAGCUCAGGGCCCUCCUGGGAGCAGCUGCCCUGGAGAACCUCCCCCUGGACCAUUUGUUCCAGCCCCUGGGCCCAGAGCUCCUUGUGCUUAGAACCAGCACCACUAACUCUGAUUUGAAAUAAAAAAGAAGACUUUA